ACCUAUAUAUUGUAUGUCCAUGUAUUUUUAUAUAUGUAUAAUAUAUAGGUAUUGUGUGUGUGUAUAUAUAUAUAUUCUGUUAUUGCUAACCUUUUCUAAAUGGCUUUAGAGCCUUAGAUUAUGGGUGAAAAUGGUUGAUUAAGAGAAUCUUGCAACUACCAUGCUUUUGUUGCAAGUCUACUUGGUAACUGUAAGUUUUCCACUGUAGUGGCAGACAUAUUCAUUUCAUAUCAGACAUUCUGAUGUCUCAUGAAUGUGAGAACUAAUGUCACACUCUGUUUCUCAAAAGACACACUAAUGUUAUUUUAGUUUUUUUCUAAUUCUUGGUUUAUCCUUGCUUAGUUAGACAGUAUUCUGCACAGACAGCCAAAGUGAACAACAGUAUUGAUGGUAGUAAUUAAGCUUCUUCAUAAAAGGGUCUAUUGGGUGGCUUUCUAGGUAAACUUGAACAGGGCUGAGGUCACCCUCCCCAAACCUCUAAUUCUUCAAAAUGCCUCCAAAUCUUUUUUUUUGCAAGUGGGAUUUAACCUAAAGUAGCACCUGAACAAAGGUGAAUUUUGAAUGGCACUAGCAGUAAAGUUGUCUUGGAACAAAAAAACGUAGAUGCAUUGAGCAAAUUCACUGUGUGGGUGAUGGGGAGGAGGUCAGAUGCAGCACACGUCUGAGCCAUCUGAUGUGGCUGUUCUCUGCAAGAUCCUCUAUGCUGUUGAUGCUACUCAGUGGCUAGCAAAAAUGCAGGCACACCAGUGGGACCAUAGCCAGAGACUAAGUGCCUGUGUCCCAGGGACUCCUAAUUCAAUUAUGGGGAAUCCAUUUUUUUUUUCUUGGAGCAUUUCACAUAUUUAAUGCAUGAGCAUAAAGGCAUCUUUGUAUCCAGAUUUCCACCAUUCUCUUUUUUCACAUUGUGUGAAAUUCUGCAUGUUACAAUACAAAGAGAACUGAAUCAACCUGUUACCUGGACGGUUAAGAGUUUAUCAUCUAAGACAGAAACACUGAUCUAGGAGCAGCUGAGUAAAAAGAAACAGUAAAUCAGUAUCUAAAGGACAUAAUGCAUUUUAUCAUCUACAAGUAAAGGGUAAGUACAUAUAAAGUCCAAGGCUACCAGGGAGAGUCAGGCAGAAACUAACACUUAGUAUGUGUCUUUUACAGUAUGGGCGCUGGGGUCAGCAUUUCACCUAUGGAUUGUAUUUAAAGCCCUUGGUUUUUUUCAUUACUGCUUCCCAUCUGAUGAGGUCAUCUGCCUUGAUAGAUGACCAAAAGAGUUGAGCCUGGAUGUUCUAGUUCUAGGUAGGCCCCACGCUUCUGGAAGGCAGGGACCACGUCUUAAAUUUCUUUUAUAUUUUCACAGCAUCUGCUAUGCAACAUGCUUAGUUAAUUAGUUUGAAGUAACCAACCGAUUUAGAAGGGUAAAUGGUCUUUCUAUGCAUUUGGGGGAGGGGGAUGGUGUCUGGGACAUUUAGCAUUCCCAGAAGGUUUAGGUAAUUAGUCAGUAAAGAAAGCCCCACAUUCCAGAGAGGGUGGCGUUGACAAGAAUGUGGAGGUGAGAUAUGCAUGGUCCGUGUGACUUGCACAGGAGAGAGGCUGGGAGGCUAAAGGGGAGGCUGCAUGCUUCAAGUCCACGGAACUAUGGUGAAGUAGUUUUUUUAUUUGUUUGGAAUGCACUCAACGAGGCUCGUUGUGAGCAAGGGAGUUUAUAUGUACAACGAAUAUGGACUAAUAAUCUAACAGCCCUCUGAAAGGUAAAGGGAUGCUUCCCAUAGUCCAGGAAUGGGCUAGGAUCAGGACUAGAGUGGAGGUAGCACUGACAGAAAAAGUGCAGUGGAUUCAAGACACAUUACAAGAGAAGAACCGACUUUUGCACAACCCAUUGAGACAAAGAGUGAAAGAUGACCUCAGGGUUUUCCUGUUACUGUGCCUGACAGAGGUUGGAAGAUGUCAUUAGUUUCUGAGGCAUUAAGGACAGGAACAUGGAGUGCAGUGGAGUUGAAGUUUGGGGAAAUGUCGACGUGCUCGGUGAAACUCCCUUUCCCAAAACCCCCUUUAAUAAGCAAAAAUACCACCUGGUGUAUUUUUGCGGUAGAACAUAAUGACUUCACACAAUUAUUCUUUGAAAUUAUACUAACUGUAAUUUUUAAUUUUUUUUCAUCUUCCCGUUAGUUUCCAUAAAUUUGAAAAAUGAUUGAAUUUUCUUGCCAUCUCUUCCUUCUGUUAGCAACUUGGUUACUACUGAAAAGUGAAUUUUAAGCAAGUUCACCAACUGAGUUUCAGGAUUGCUUUUGGGGAUUUAGUAAAGCUGUCUUGUUUUUCCUGUUACUUGAGUGGUAAAGCUUCCUGGUGUUUACUUGAAGUAGAUUACUAAACAAAAUUAAGGCUUAAAUUAGAUAUUAGGAGAAGUAUUUAUGAUACAUAUUUUUAUGUUUUUCUUCCAUUAUUAUGCGGGCUGAUUUUCCUCAGGCUUUAAUUUCUACAUUAGAAAACCAUUUACUUAUUAAUUUAAAAAAGUGACUCACUGGUGAUUUCAGAACAACUUAAUACCAUAUUUUUAAAAACCAAGCAUUUAGAAUACCAUUGAGGCCAGAAAGGUACUCAGUGAAUAGUGUGUCUUAAAUCCCAGUCCCUGCUGACCACGUUUCAGUGCUGGCGUUUAGACUUGACUUCCAUAGCUCUUACUGAGAGGUGAGAACAAAGUAAAAGUUAAAAAUAUAUGGGAUCUCCAACUCUCAGAUCAGCACUUCAGACUUAUUUUGAAACACUGCUCAUUUCAUAAUGUCAUUUAAAACUGUAAACGAUAGCACGCCCCUUUCCUUGCUCUUCACCUAGUUCAUAACCUCAUUUAGUAUACGGGUUUUGAAGAACAAGUUUCCCUUUUCUAUUAGUAAGUGUGAUCAUCUAAUGACCUCAAUUAUAGAGGGGAGGAAAAAGGCUCACAAGUCUAAAAAUAACUCCAUUAUCCAUACAGAGGGGGUCAGUUUUUUCUUUCCCCCAUUGCAGCUGAUGUUUAACUAAAUGGCAAUCGAUCAGUCUAAUGCCUGCCUCUCGUUUUUCGUAAAUGAAAGGCUGUGGCUUUAAGUAAUCGCAGGCUGCCUGUGCCAAAGGCAGAAGCUGCAGUAUCAGCUUCUGUGAGUGAGGAAUCCGAGGCGCACGGUAACCUGCAGGACAUGAAGUAAGACGCCCGAGGGCCAAUGGCGCGCCUCCUGCUAGAGCUUUGAAUGUAGGCAGACCCGACUGGUGGGUGGCGCGGCCACCUGUAUGCUUCUUGGACAGUGCGAGGGGUGGGGGGACUUGGAGACAGAAGCUGGAAAAUGGGCUGCCCCAGCAGCAAACUGUGCCUCUAUUCUCCAUGUGCAGCAACAAGGCGGGAGGAAGCACUGAAACAACACAAAACCCUAUCUCAAGAACUUGUUAACCUCCGGGGAGAGCUAGUCACUGCUUCAACCACCUGUGAGAAGUUAGAAAAAGCCAGGAAUGAGUUACAAACAGCGUAUGAAGCAUUUGUCCAGCAGCACCAGGCUGAAAAAACAGAACGAGAGAAUCGACUUAAAGAAUUUUACACCAGGGAGUAUGAAAAGCUUCGGGACACUUACAUUGAAGAAGCAGAGAAGUACAAAAUGCAAUUGCAAGAGGAGUUUGACAAUUUAAAUGCUGCCCAUGAAACCUCUAAGUUGGAAAUUGAAGCUAGCCACUCGGAGAAAGUUGAAUUGCUAAAGAAGGCCUAUGAAGCCUCCCUUUCAGAAAUUAAGAAAGGCCAUGAAAUAGAAAAGAAAUCGCUUGAAGAUUUACUUUCUGAGAAGCAGGAAUCGCUAGAGAAGCAAAUCAAUGAUCUGAAGAGUGAAAAUGAUGCUUUAAAUGAAAAACUGAAAUCAGAAGAACAAAAAAGAAGAGCAAGAGAGAAAGCAAAUUUGAAAAAUCCUCAGAUCAUGUAUCUGGAACAGGAGUUAGAAAGCCUGAAAGCUGUGUUAGAGAUCAAGAAUGAGAAACUGCAUCAACAGGACAUCAAGUUAAUGAAAAUGGAGAAACUGGUGGACAACAACACAGCAUUGGUUGACAAAUUGAAGCGAUUCCAGCAGGAGAAUGAAGAAUUAAAAGCUCGGAUGGACAAGCACAUGGCAAUUUCAAGGCAACUUUCCACGGAGCAGGCCGUUCUGCAAGAGUCGCUGGAGAAGGAGUCAAAAGUCAACAAGCGACUCUCUAUGGAAAACGAGGAGCUUCUGUGGAAGCUGCACAAUGGGGACCUGUGUAGCCCCAAGAGAUCCCCCACGUCCUCCGCCAUCCCUUUCCAGUCACCAAGGAAUUCGGGCUCUUUCCCCAGCCCCAGCAUUUCACCCAGAUGACACCUCCCCAAAGUCCACAGACUCUCUGAAAGCAUUUUGAUACAGGUCUGCAGGACUGACCCCAAGGAGGAACGUGGGCACAGAGGUAUAUCAGCACAUGUGUGAUCACCGUAGGAUAACUGGAGCGUCACUGCCGCCGGAAUCAGCAGCUUCUGAGACUGAAACUCUGGAGGAAGACUUUUGCCUCCUUCCAAAAGAUUCCUCCAAAAACAGAUUUCGGCAUCGACACGGAUGUUGUUGCACAAAGCACUUAAAGAACGAGAGCGUCUUGUUCAUUGCCUUUUUCACCUAAGCAUAGGGGGAAAAACUCUCAGGGCCCUGUUACGAUAAAGAUUUAUAACCUUUGUAAUGUUCUUCACCACAGACACCUUCUUGUGAGUUUUCAGUCUGACUGUGGGGGUAGGGGGGGUGUGAAUGAAAUGGAUGCCACAGAGUGUCAUGUGUCUGAUGCAGCUUCCUUUGCUGUGUAUUAAAUGUCAAAAUCUGAAUAUAUCUGGAUAUGUACUAAUCAAAUAAUAAUCGGCAUAUAUAUUUCAGCCAAAGCCAUAGAAGAAAAAGCAAUAGUUGCUUGAAUUAUGAUCAUCUACCACCAACUCUGCUCAGCCCUGUAACAGGGUAGGGAGAGGGUGUAACAGGAAGAGCUUUGACUUGUCCCUGUCUAUACAUUCUCUGAAUCUUUUGGGGGUAACUUCUUGGCAGUUUUUCAGUGUUCAGCCAUGUCAGUUGAAACUACAUUUUUCUGUAGAUUUUUUACUUACCCAUGUGAGCCUAACACUAUUCUGUUAUUCAUUUUCUCAGGCUGUGUGUAAAUGUAAAACCCUAAUUUUUCUAUAAAAAAAAAAAAACUAAAGAAAAAGGGCAGUACCAAUGGGUUUUUCCGCCUUAUUUUUACCUUUGAUCUAUCCUUGCAGAUUUAACCUGUCUUCUUCUCUCCCAAUAUUCUCAUUUUCCUUUUACCUUUCUCCACCAUCCAGAGCCACAAAAGCAAACCUUCUACCUCCUACCUACUUUUCUCUGGGACAAGGAUAAAGGAUGAUGAUUUUCCAGAGCCAGCUCAUCUUCCAGGUGCUGAAACCACUUUCCAAAUAAACUAAAGCCUGGAUUUGAUAUUACAAAUUUUGGGAAAUCUUAAAGAACGAGAAAAAGGAAGUUAUUGGCUAGUAUAAUUAAGAAAGGUAGGAUUCAGUGCUUACCGAUGAUGCAAUAUUUGAUUGAUUGAUAGAAGAAAACAGUCUGGCAGGAUUACGCUCAUUUUUCAGAUACCCUUUGAGAAGUCCCUCUGUCUUUGGGAAAGUAGCAGAAUGGCCCGCUGACAAAUGGAGAAUGUGGCUUGUCCGACUCUCCUCCAAGUUGCAUUUCAGUUUCUUUCCAAAACUUAUUACCUCCCCUAAUCCUGAGAUUUUGGAAAAGGUGGAAGGAAGAACGGUUGAUUUAUCUCCCCCUCCCUGCAUGUGUCAACAUUGUGAUGUCUGUCAGUAUUUACUAAUCUACAUUCAGUGGCUGUACAAAUAAAUAACCGCUGUAGUAAGAAGAGAUUCAGGAUACCAGAGGUGGAUAUUUGGGUCAUUUCCAUGUACACUACAUAGCAAGUUGAUUCUCAUGUUGCAUGUUCUUUUAAAUUAGUGGUUGUGUGUCUUAAGUCUUUAACUUCCAAUAGUUUAUCACGUAUGUAACCUUCUGUGUUUGCUUCUGAUAAAUGGAAAUGUAGAUUCACAGCCACUUCGUGGGAUAUGUCUGCUCACGCUUCCAAGUUGUUCUCAAUGACAUUAGCCAAAGUUGGGUUUGCCAUUCAUCCCUUAGGCAUGGUAAAUCUUGUGUUGUUCCCUGCCGUUCUCUGUAUUAUGUGACUGGGAAAUAAAUCUCAUAGCAGUUAAUAUAAAAUGUCUUCAGAGGAUGGGAGAGAACAGGAGAGAAGAUGGGAAACAAAACAGAAUUUUUAAGACUGUGUUUAAACCAAAUGUUUCAUGUAGAAUGCAAAAUGUUGGCACGUCAAAAAUAUGGAUGUGUAGACAACUAGUUGUGCUCAGUUUGUAGUGAUGGGAAGUGUAUUUUACUUUGAUCAAAUAAAUAAUGCUGGAAUACUCA